AUGGAUCUAGAAACAACUGUCAUACAAGUCGAUACCACUGUUGGUAACAGUAACCGUGGGUAUCAUCUCUGGGUCGAUACCACUGUUGGUAACAGUAACCGUGGGUAUCAUCUCAGGGUCGAUACCACUGUUGGUAACAGUAGCCGUGGGUAUCAUCUCUGGGUCGAUACCACUGUUGGUAACAGUAACCGGGGGUAUCAUCUCAGGGUCGAUACCACUGUUGGUAACAGUAACCGUGGGUAUCAUCUCAGGGUCGAUACCACUGUUGGUAACAGUAACCGGGGGUAUCAUCUCUGGGACGAUACCAAUGUUGGUAACAGUAACCGGGGGUAUCAUCUCAGAGUCGAUACCACUGUUGUUAACAGUAAUCGUGGGAUCGAUACCACUGUUGGUAACAGUAACCGUGGGUAUCAUCUCAGGGUCGAUACCACUGUUGGUAACAGUAACAGUGGGUAUCAUCUCUGGGUCGAUACCACUGUUGGUAACAGUAACCGGGGGUAUCAUCUCGGGGUCGAUACCACUGUUGGUAACAGUAACCGGGGGUAUCAUCUCUGGGUCGGUACCACUGUUGGUAACAGUAACCGUGGGUAUCAUCUCAGGGUCGGUACCACUGUUGUCAACAGUAAUCGUGGGAUCGAUACCACUGUUGGUAACAGUAACCGUGGGUAUCAUCUCAGGGUCGAUACCACUGUUGGUAACAGUAACCGUGGGUAUCAUCUCUGGGUCGAUACCACUGUUGGUAACAGUAACCGUGGGUAUUAUCUCUGGGUCGAUACCACUGUUGGUAACAGUAACCGGGGGUAUCAUCUCUGGGUCGAUACCACUGUUGGUAACAGUAACCGGGGGUAUCAUCUCUGGGUCGAUACCACUGUUAGUAGCAGUAACCGUGGGUAUCAUCAUCUAAGCAGUCUGUACUGA